CACGGAAGUGAGUGACCGGCAUUGCUGACAGCUAUACAGAUGGUGCCGAAGUUGUAGUGUAGGUCUAAAUCGUUUAUCAGAAAAAGUGAUUUAUAAUGCCAGAUUCCUGCAAUUGAAAAGGUCAUUUUACUUAAUUUCCUGUUCCCAGUUGCUUGAAGAUUUCAUAGGAAUCCGUUACGAUCACUUUCAUGUCAUGGCGAAACCAAAAUUAGUUGUGUUUGACCUAGAUUACACCCUCUGGCCUUUCUGGGUGGAUACACAUGUCGACCCGCCUUUUCGCAAAAAUGAAAGUGGCGGAGUAGUGGAUUCUAGAAGUUCCCCUAUUUCCCUCUACAAAGAUACUGUGAAUAUAUUGACCUCUCUCCAUAGUCAAGGACUCAAGAUUGGAAUUGCUUCACGCACUGGAGAAACAGACGGAGCCAACCAACUGCUCUUCCUGUACGACCUCAACCAGUACAUCUCCUUCAAGCAAAUAUACCCAGGUUCAAAAGUGACACAUUUUCAGAGGUUACAGGCAGACAGCGGCGUCAAGUACAGUGAGAUGAUGUUUUUUGACGACGAGUCCAGGAACAUCACCGACGUCGGUAGGCUAGGUGUGCACUGUGUCCUUGUUCGCAAUGGAGUGACCUCAAAACUAGUUGAUGAGGAGAUGCAGCAGUUCUCCAAGUCACACUCCUGAUGAUUGAGCCAUCACAAUCUAUGGAGUCAGACCACUGGAUGUCAGUGUGAAACCGCGCGCACAAGUCUUCUGAGACCUCUUGUUUACAGACAGAUACAAAAUGGAAAUGUGAUGUGGAGUAAAAUGUGGAUAUUUUACACAUACACCUAUGCAGCAACAGCAUCCUUGUGACAGCUGGGAAAGGUGAUAUAUAGAUAUAGAUAUUAGAUAUAGAUUGUAUUUGUACACAAGGCUGAUUUUUCACCACUUUUUCUCCAAACCAUCUAGUUUACUCCUUCAGUACUCCAUGUUUUCUGCUUCGAGUUUAAGUUUCUCUGUGUCAUAGCUUGACAUGAUUGCAUUAUACUAGGCAUUGUUUAAUAGGAAGGGCUUCUGUCCCUGUCCUUAUUUGGCUUUUCUGCACUGUCCUCUUUUAAAACUAUGCCAUCCCCACAAUUGUGACGCACAUUUAACAAGCACUGUAUCCAACGUAUUGUUCGUCAUUUAACAUACCAUUAUAAAUAUGGUAAGAUUUGCAUGAUAUAUGAUAUCAUAUGGCAUCUUACCAAAGCACAGACUGGCAGUGCUCUGGCUUGCUCAUGUGCUUUUAAGUUCAUUAGUUGUUUUUAAUUUUUUUUAUUUGGGUGUGUCAUGUUGUUGAAUAAGGGUAUCCAACUCUACACCUGGUGAUCUACCAUCCAACAGGCUUUGGUGGGAGCCAGCUGUUUACCUGACCUGGCUGGCUGUGCCAUGCGGACGCACCUGAAAGGCUUGAUUAGCUCUCUGAGAAUAGGGCUAAGGCAUCCCUUUCCCUGCUGUGUAAGGAAUUAAUGAGGACUGCCAAACGCCCAACUGCCCAGCAUUCCCAAAUGCACUGUUAGAGUCAAGAGAGUGUGUUUAAAAUGAUUGUCUUUAUCAUUUAACGAUGGCUGUAGCACAACGAAGCUUUAAAAGCCUGUUUUACAGAGUCUAUUUGGCAGGAUGUAUGCUGGCACGUGGGUCUGCUGUUAUUUUAUCUUGUCUGACAUUUAUUUUAAAGUCGGUUAUGCCAUGCUUUUAAUUGCUGUAAUUAUCUCAGUAAUGUAUUCUGAUGGAACAAUCAAUUGUAAACAUAAAGCACUUUAAUUGAGAAAACACAUUGCGUCCUGAUGAGGGGGUUGAUGUAUGUGUGGCGAGUUGUUUCCCAGCACAUGCUACUUCCCAGUGGGUCAUAUGGUUCUUAUUUUUGGGCCUUUGAUACUGUGCCCUUCGGGGUUUUUGAUGCCCCGGGCUUUUGAUCCUUCACUUGGCUUCUCUGUUAGGUUCUCCCACUUUAGUCAAUAAACCAGUCCAAACCAACCGGUUUGUUGUGAUUGUUGUGGCCGAAAGUAACUGCAUUUGCUGUGUGAAUUCUCAAAAAUUGUCAAUGUGAGUUAAAUAAAAUCAUGGCUUUUUAAAAA